GUAAGGAUAUAAGAAAUACUAGCAGGUCUACCUCCCGUCUACGACAACCUGUAGUUUUGUGUUGUGCCAUGGACGGCCGUUUAGAGACUGAUCUGUAUCCUCUGGGAUCCAGCUACGUCACUGAAAUAGACAGUGUCCAUGAUAUAACAGUCGGCACAAAGAGGGGAUCCGACGAACUCUUUUCCUCUUGCAUAUCUAACGGACCAUAUAUAAUGAGCUCUGGAGCAGCAAAUGGAAAUGACAGCAAGAAAUUCAAAGGGGACAUCAGGAGUCCAGGCAUUCCUUCACGGGUCAUUCAUGUGCGCAAACUGCCAAAUGACAUAAAUGAAGCAGAAGUCAUUUCUUUGGGGCUUCCCUUUGGCAAAGUGACCAACCUUCUGAUGCUGAAAGGAAAGAACCAGGCCUUCCUGGAGAUGAACACAGAGGAGUCUGCACAGACCAUGGUCAGCUACUACUCCUCUGUCACCCCUGUCAUCCGCAACCAUCCAAUCUUCAUGCAAUAUUCCAAUCACAAGGAGCUGAAAACUGACAACUCGCCCAACCAAGUCAGAGCACAGGCUGCUCUGCAGGCGGUGAAUGCAGUCCAGACAGGAGGCAUGUCUUUGACUGCUGUUGAUGGAGCAGGCAUGGGGAGCCAGAGCCCUGUGCUGAGGGUUAUUGUAGAAAAUCUCUUCUAUCCAGUGACUCUUGAUGUCCUUCAUCAGAUCUUUUCAAAGUUUGGCACAGUUUUGAAGAUCAUAACCUUUACCAAAAACAACCAGUUCCAAGCACUGGUCCAAUACUCAGACGGAAUGACUGCUCAGCAUGCAAAGCUGUCUUUAGAUGGACAGAACAUCUACAAUGCCUGCUGUACCCUUCGCAUCAGUUUCUCUAAGCUCACCAGCCUGAAUGUUAAGUACAACAAUGAUAAGAGCAGAGACUACACUCGCCCCGACCUGCCAACAGGAGACAGCCAGCCCUCCCUCGAUGCGCAGACAAUGGCAGCAGCCGCCUUGACCGCUCCUGGUAUUAUCUCUGCGUCACCAUAUGCCACAGCUCAUGGUUUUCCACCAACAUUUGCGAUUCAGCAGGCAGCAGGCCUGUCUCUGCAGGGUAUGCCUGCUGGGGCUCUUGCUUCACUCGGUGUUCCUGGUGCUGCGGCAGCCGCUGCAGCAGCAGCUGCUGCUGGACGCCUCGGUCUCUCUGGUCUCACUCCUGCAGGAAACAGUGUCCUGCUGGUCAGCAACCUUAACCCUGAGAGCGUUACGCCCCAAUGCCUCUUUAUUCUUUUCGGUGUCUAUGGUGAUGUCAUGAGAGUGAAGAUCCUGUUUAACAAAAAGGAGAACGCUUUGGUGCAGAUGUCUGAUGGAACCCAAGCCCAACUAGCCAUGAGCCACUUGAAUGGGCAGAAGCUAUAUGGUAAGGCUUUGCGGGCGACUCUUUCCAAACACACCACGGUGCAGCUACCACGUGAAGGCCAUGAGGAUCAGGGCCUCACUAAGGAUUACAGCAACUCUCCUCUUCACCGCUUUAAAAAGCCAGGUUCCAAGAACUACUCCAACAUCUUCCCUCCUUCCUCAACUCUCCAUCUUUCCAACAUCCCUCCUUCUAUCACCGAAGAUGAUCUCCGAGGUUUGUUUCUGAGUUCAGGAGCUGUGGUUAAGGCCUUCAAGUUUUUCCAGAAAGACCGUAAAAUGGCUCUCAUCCAGCUGGGCUCUGUGGAAGAAGCAAUUGAGUCACUGAUCAAGUUUCACAAUCAUGACCUGGGAGAAAACCAUCACCUCAGAGUCUCCUUCUCCAAGUCCACCAUCUGAUGAAGGCGCUUUUGGUUUUGAGAAGGUGAAAGGACUGUCACAUUAGACCAAACUUUUAAGCCUUCCACAAUUUAUAUCGCUGUGGACAUGUUUUCCACAACACACACUUCAUCAUUCCUUUUUAUUAUAUCUAUAUUCAUGUUUCCAUUUCUUUUUGUCAUUCCACUUUGAACCAGUAGACAAGAGGAACUCGUCAACCCAAAUGUGACUUGGGUUUUAAAUAGUACAUUUUCUUCGACGGUUUGUCUCGUGAUAUAGUUGAUCUUCGGCACACGUUGGUUUUGGAUCAUAGAUGCUGCAUAGUUUACACUCGUGCCUCUGCGGAAAGCCGCACUCUUUCAGGUUGCACACACAAAGCCUUGUUUAAUUUGUUUGACUAUGAUUGGUCCCCGUUUGCCUUUCCACAACAAGCAUUUGUGCCUUUUAUAUUGUGGAAUAUCUUAAUUGCCAUCAUAAUUUCCUGAUGUUUUUGGAUUCUUUGUGGAGGCCAUUAACCUCAACAUACAAAAAUAGUAUAGUUUUGCCAGGUAGUCACUGUUUAAAUUUGGCUAUUGAAAGCACCAGAAUGUGUUUUUUUUUUUUUUUUUUUUUUUUUUCUCUCUCUCUCUACGAAAGGCAGCGAUUGGUUCUAUACAGGCUUUAGUUUUGUACCUUGCUGUCACAGCUUAUUUUGGAUAUAGUUAUUCUAUAUAUAUGUGGUUCUACUCUUAAUCUACCGUAUGUAAGAUAUAUUCUAUAAUCUAUAUAGUUUCAUUCCAUAUCAUUUAAAAAAAGAAAAAGGAAAAAAAAUUGCACAUUUCUAUACUGUAUAAUCUGUUUGGGCAUUGUCCCACUGCACUCUGUGCCUAGACGGUGAUAGUCUGUUAGGUUUGGGUACAAUUUUUCUAUUUUUCCCACACUUCCCUAUUGCCUUGCUUCUUGUGGGCUUUAUCAAUAAUGAAACCAAACCAGACUUCACAACUUUUUUUUUUUUUUAAUAGAUAUUCUACGUGCGACAAUGAAUCAAAUUUGUAUUUCUAUUUUCUUGAGUUAACAAGUUUACCUUGUAAACUAGAACCUCCCAGAGAUGAUUGAUUGGUUUGUUUUUUUCUGUAAGGUCUUACGGUCACUUGCCUUUUUUGUUAAAGAAAUUUAGCAUUACAGAGUCUUAAGCUCCUGAGUGAUAUUUUUAGUGAAACAAGACACCUGUGACAAGACUUUGGACUGUUUUUGGCACUUCUUUAUGUGGGAUGGGAGAUGAAUGGUAAGACCAUGGUCUUUCCUCUGCCUGCAGUUUCAUGUUGACUAUAACAUGAGUUUCGAUGCUCAGAUAUUUCCUUCUGUAAUUGAUGCUGAAGAAAUAUUUCAGUUUCUUUUAGCAAUCUAGCAGAAUGUUUUGCGGUUGGGUGGGUGGGUUUUUCUUUCUUUCUUACUGAGGAGUAGCAUGAUGGACCAAAGCAUCUUCAUUGUUCUGCCAGUCACUUUGUUCUGUCUUAUUGAAGUGUAUCAUACUGUGCAGCAAUAUUGUUUUAUCGACAGCUUUGAUUUCAGUGGGUAGUUUAGAGGGCUUAUCUGUAUAUUAUUGCCAUUUUUGUUUACAAGAAGACCUUGGAAAGAGAAUUUAUUACAAAUUAGAAAAACAUAGUGGGCUAUUUUUGGUCCUGAAGUAUGUGUAUCAAGAUUUCUGUUGUCAGAGAACAGAACCAAACUAAAGUCUUAAAGUCACAACAGCUUUUUUUUUUUUGGCCUUAUCCUACUUUCCUUUUUUUCCAGUAUGGAUGUAAUGUUGAGCAACAGUGGGAGAGGACUACUGUAUAUAAUUAUUUGUGUUUUGUAUAAGUAAUUGCAAAUCAACAAUUUCUGUCAAACAUGUAUAUUUUGAUAAACUUACAGCAGACAUUCAGCUCAUUGUAGAGCCUUCCUUUUUUAUUACACAAUAUUAAAGAGAUUUCAACAUGU